CAGCUUUCCUUUUUGAUGGUCUCGCCUUUCCGCAAAGGGGCCAAUUGCAAAAUAUUUUGGCACUUUAGGAUUUUCGUGGAAUUUGUUUUCUUCCUUUCUCUUUGCCUCCACCCACCUCUACAAAGGAGAAAACACAGCUCAAAGAGAAAGACGUGUCUGCUUUUUUCCUGCAAAGCAACUGAGAAAAAUCAAAAGGGGGAGCGAUCCAGCCUCAGAGUUUCGGGUCUAGUUGACGCCAUGCCUCGGAUGUUGGCCUAUUUGGUGUUGGUACUCUUUGUGUCAUUGCUGCUGGGAUCCUUGCCAACUCUUGCCCAGAGAGAAACUCGUCAUGGCAAAUUCCACCGGCAGCAUGUUGCCGCAAAAUCUAAUAACGGAAUGGAUGCCCGGGUGUAUUGCAACCUGAUGAUGCAACGAAGAGGAAUGACGAACAUCAAGUGUAAACCUUCCAACACCUUCAUCCAUGGCGAAGCCACAGCAGUGGAUGCCAUCUGCAACAAUGGGGGGACUUUCUCAAGUGAUAAUUACUAUGAUAGCAAUAGCGUCUUUGAGCUCACCGUUUGCCGUUUGACAGGGGGAGGAACCACUCCUCCCAACUGUAACUACCGAGGUAGGGUUAGCACCCAGCAGAUCCGAAUUGCCUGCGUAAAUGGCCUGCCGGUGCAUUUCAAACAAGCUCUUUAGAAAUGUCAACAGCCAUAGUUGGCUAGUUAGGGAUUAUAUAUCUUCAGCUGCUUUAGAAGCCAAGAGGUUUUCUUAUUUUUACUGCAAUGGUAUAUUUCAGUUACAAUUUGCUCUUUGUUUCUCUCUCUCAUUUCUUUCUACCUGCCUCCCCCUCUUCUUUCAGACUUCCUCUCCAACUGUUUUAGACAAGCUGGGGAUCUCCAAAUAGAUUGGGGCUGUGAUUCCUCACGAUUCCCAGUCAACAUGGCUGACAGGGACUCUGGGAGAUGCAAUGCAAUUUUGGGGAUCUGAGCUUUGGCAGGCCUUCAUUUGGACACCAUAACUGGACUUGCUGACCACAAGAUGGCUGCAAAGUGAUACAGAAAAAUCUGCUGGGGAAUUCUGGGUGUUGUAGUUUAGACAUCUUAAAGUGGUCAGGUCUGAAAAAUAGUCAGGUCUGAAGUUUUUGCUGAGGUCGAAAUGACAUUCAACCAAAAUGUGGCAAUAGAAUAUAUUUAGAUCUCUCUUUUUUGUUCUGUGCUGCCUUCUAGCGGCUCUGAAUCAAAAUGACUGUUGUAUCCAUCACAAUGUUGAUACAGCUUCUCUAACCUCAUACUUUCGGGGAGGGGGGUUUCAGUGGUGGGAUUCAGCCAGUUCGCACCACUUCGGGAGAACCGGUUGUUAACUUUCUGAGCAGUUUGGCAAACUGGUUGUUGGAAGAAAUCAUUAGGGCAGAGAACCGGUUGUUAAAUUACUUGAAUCCUACCACUGGUUUUUUUGCCUUCUGAGGAAAACCGAGGCUAAUAAUUCUGCACAGAAAACAGGAUAUUGGAAUACUUAGCAGCCACCCAAACUAGCAUUCUUCAGCUAUGUGACUUAAAUAUCACGACUUCUUGCGUGACAUGUGAGAAGUUAUGAUAUUUAAAGUGCUACAUGCCCAAAUUAUAGGGUAAGAGUUUUUGCCAUAGGCAUCUUUCAUUUUAAAAUAGACCACUUGCUUUCCUUCCUGGGGAAAUGUGUUUUGAAGCAUAAUGCUGGUCUGUGAUCAUAAUAAAAAUUGAAGCAUAAUUUUAGGUACCCGGAGAAACAGAGGUGCUCUGAAAUGUUUUUAUAAAUAUAAAAAGGACAAAUUCAAUUAGAAUUAAUUUUACUUUAAUUCAAUUAAAAUAUAUAAAGUAAAUAAAAAUUAAUUAAAUAUUUUAAAAUUUCAAAUUAAAUGAAAAUUUAAGGUAGCUUUCUUUCAAAAAAAUAAUUUUCUGAAAGAAAGAAAUACUUUUUUAAAAAAGAGAAUUGAAUUUCUGAGCCAUUUCUUGUUCAGAUUGAUUCCUGAUCACCUGAAAGGUUCUAUAAGCUAAUAAGUCCUGGGUGUUUUCAACCCCAUUAUGAAAUGUUUGAUGGGAAAUCAAGAAUGAAACUGUAUGUUAUUAUUUCUGGGAUUGAUGAAAAGUGGAAAAUAUCAAUUUAUAGCUUAUUCCUGAAUCUUUUUCUUCUAGCAGCUUUAUGCAAUAAAGUCUUUGUUUACAUACAGAA